UCGCUCCAAAACGAAGUACAGUAGUUCCAUCAAGAAUUUUACCAUCAGGUUGCCCAAGUUCUGUCAUGAGCCAUGGAAAUGGAAUGUUGAGCUCAUGGCAUCACCUAGGAAACAGCAAGACCAGUUCUAAGCAUCAUUCAAAGUUGGAUAACAGCCUGAGUUGUUCAGUACGAAGCUGUACACCUACUGUUGGGUUUACAGAACUACAGCUCCUUAGUCUGAGAUAAUACUUCAAAUAAAGAUGUCCACAGAGAACACAACAGAGUUGGUUAAACGCCUUGACAAGAGUUUGAGCCAGUCUUUCUUGCCUGCGAUUCCUAAUGUUUCUGGAAGCAGAGUGAAUUCCCUCGAAGACCGGAUGUCCAACCAGGAAAGGACCACCGCUGUUCUUCUGGAUCAGGCCUUUCGGAUCAAAGACGGCAUUGUUUCUUACCUUCAGGGGAAUAAAGGUUUUCAUCAAGGGGAGGCAGCAGCGCGCCAGCUACUGGAAAACCACAUCCAGACCAUUACAAGCAUCGUUAAAAAGCUGAGCCAUGACAUAGAGACGUUGGAGAGGCAAAUAAAAACAAGAGAUGAUGUGACAUCAGGAACAAAUUUUGCAAUGCAGAGUCUGGACCAUAAGCAUCUGCAGGGAGUUGGGGAUCUACGUGGGAGAGUGGCUAGAUGUGAUGCCAACAUUGCAAAACUCUCUGGAGAUAUAAAUAUCAUCAGGCACGAAAUUUCAAAAUUGGAGAGAGACAUUCAUGCCAUCCAGUCAUCCCUGGAAAAUUAUGCUAAUAAUGUAGAAAUGAAGGUAACGCAGCUUUUAGGCAAGAUAGAGACUUCAAACACAGAGCAAGACUCAAAUUUAAAGGCAGUACAAGGGAAUCAGCACCAUGAAUUGGAGCUCCUGGAUCUCAAGAUAAAUGGUAUUUUAAAUGACUUUAAGGAUCAAAUUCUGAAUCAAUGGAAAUGGACUGAAAACGAGGUGAGGAGAACUGAACAAGAGCAAGCCCACCUCGCAAAUCAGCUUCUUGGCACAAUGAAAGACAAACUGGAAGCAGUGGAAAAGAAAAUGGAAGAUGGUUUUUAUUACCUCUCCAAACGGAUAGAGAGCACAGAUAAAACAGUGCAAUUUGAUACAGACCUGAACCAGGUGAAAAAUGAUCAAAAUAAACUCCAUGCAAGGAUUACUAGAUUUGAAAAAUUGAUGUGGAAUGAGCUGGAAGAAAUUCAGAGUGAAUAUAGAUCAGGAUUUCAAUCCAUCCGUGACUCUCUCAACACACUAAAACAGAUACAGACAACAAAGCUGAAACUUGAAGAAGAGAAGUUCAAGCAGGACAUGAAGAAGAUACAAAAAAAGAUAACUGAACUUCAAGAAGAUUAAUGUCUUUUUAACAUUUGCAGUUAUACCAUUGUG